UGCGAACAGAGAGCAACACACUUAGUCACACUGCCACCCGGAGCCAACUAAACACUGACCAAUCUCUCCGUUCAUGUCUGUUUAACAUCCCAAAAACUGCACACAACUGGGAAGUAAAUCAUCACCUUGUUUCGCUUCUUUUUUUUUCAAAGGAUUACAUCGAAUUUCAGAGAUGGGGUGCAGACCAGUGAUGUCACGGAACUGAAGACAGUCUUAUACAAAUAUGGAGUUUGGAGAGCGGCUGGCCUCCCCAUCUUCAGCCCUGUCCUCCCUCCACAUGGCCUCCUCUUCAGCCAGCUCCUCCCCUGCUCCACCCCAGACCCCCUCCACAAAGUUUAGCCCGGCCCCCAGUCCCGCGGGCAGCUCCCCCCUCACCAGCUGUGGAAAUCUGCUCCGGGUCGCCGGAGAAGAGCGUUUAAGUAUGUCUGGCAGCUCCAAUGGUUUUCCUUUGGUUAGCCAUCCGGCUUUCGGGCUCUUCGCGUCCAGUUCAGGUCGCUCUGAGUUUGGAGGCCUAGGAAGUCUGGGUUUGUCUGCCCUGGCUGCUCACUCACAGUUUGGUGCAUUUCCAGACUGGUGGCGGCACUCUGAGACACAAACCAUAGGACCAGCAGCCUUCUUUCCUCCUCUUCUGGGUCUGCAUCCUGUAUUUGCAUCAGCCUUCAAAAGCCACAAUCAAAUUCUCUUGCAGUCACGUACCUCAGGCGUUAAUGGAGCAGCGAAUGGUAGAAGCACAUCUUCUCCAAGCGAGAACUCUGCUGGGAACACCAGUUCAUUACCAACAAAGGGAAACUCGGGAAAAACUAAAGCCAACAAUAGUCGGAUUCAAAAGAGCAGCCAGGAGCUGGGCCAGCUGCAGCAGAAGAUCACCCUGAAAACAAAAGACAAGAAACUCAACAAAAGACCACUAGAGAGCUCCAGCAUGAGUGGCAGCCAAUCGGGAUCAUUGUCAGAUUGCUCCUCCAGCGAUGGUGAGGAGAGCAGCAGUGAUCCCGACGACAUGGAGGAAGAGGAGGAUAUUGAUGAAGAUGAUCAAAGCAAUGACAGUGAGGACUUUGAUUCAGAAAAAUACAUUCAAGUUGAAAGAAAAGUCAAGCGGCUGACACAGAACAUUUCUGAGGGUAAAAAGAAGAGACCUCACUCUGCUGAUGGGGAUCCAACUGGAGACAGACAUGGUGACACUGUUCCCUUGACUUCCCCGUACCACCUGCAGUCCUCUCUUCAUCCCGCUGGCCUGUCACAGUCUGCAGCGCUGUUCCUCCACAGCUCCAGGACUGCGGAGGAGGAAGGCCAGCAGCACAUCAGCGUUAUCCAAGCCACAGGGUUGGCAGGUGGCAACGGUCCCCUGGCACCAUCCCACAGGGAGGCCUCACCUCUGCCCUCCAGACCACCAACUCUGUUAUCUUCAAAGCCUCGACAUAAACCUAGGUUUCUGAUGCCCUCUCUGAAUCAUGCCCAGCUGCUUGAUGGCACGAAGGAGAGCAGUGCAAACGUCCCAGAUGAAAGACUGUUACAAAGUUUUAAAUUAAAAACGUCCAAGGAUUCCAUCAAGCAGGCAUUGUCUCUGCAACCUAAGAGCCAGAACUCCUAUAAACGUCUCAAAAGUUCAGCCUCAUCAUCGCUGACUCAACAUAAACAUUCGUCGGAUACGUUGAGCAGUCACUUAAUGUCUCUCCCACACAUCAAUGACACCAAUCUGUUCCUGAGCCACCACCUUAACGGAAUGAUCCACGGCGCAGUGCAAGAUGCUCCUUUGGCCCUCAUCACUAAACCCCGCAGCCAGAGCAGCACCCCCUGUAGCAAACCCCCACUAGUAACCACCAGCCCUCCCUGUCCCAUGCCCAUCAACCUGAGCACCGGCAGCUCAGAUUCAACCCCUAAAUCUUCAGCCUCACCCGGCGGUGUUCGCAGACAGAGGAAGUCGAACACUCCCAAGUUCCUCCCAGGAAAGAGCCUCUCUAAAAGCAGCACUUCCUGUCCACCUGCAGACUUGGUCAGAAGCAGUGAGUCUGAUAUCCACAGCAGCAGCAGGGACUCGGACGACUCUUUAGGAGAUGACUUUGAUGAUGAUGAUGAUGUUGAGGAUGAAGAUUCUGGCAGUAGCCUGUCAGAGUCGGAGAGCAAUCUUGAUAGCGACUCUGAUGGCUCCGAAGAUGAUGCGAAGGAGCGUGGCGAGACGGAAGCAGACAGCGAUGCAGAGAGGACUCCCCUGAAACUCACCAAAGCGACCUUGUCUACUCACAAGUCCUCCUCGAAGCUCUCAGCAAACGGCAAACUGCUUAACCUGAAGAUCGUCAAGCCUCCUAGCUUACCCAGUAGCCUACUCACCUCCACCAGCUCAGGAGCACUGAGUAACCAUGGCACUCCAUCGUCAUCCUACACGUUUCCCACACUGCCAGGAUCAGGGAAAAGGAGGAGAGUAACGGAUGAGAGAGUUCUGCGGAUGCCUCUUGAGUUCGGGUGGCAGAGAGAGACCAGAAUCAGGACUGUGGCAGGUCGUCUGCAGGGAGAGGUGGCUUACUUUGCACCAUGUGGGAAGAAGCUGCGUCAGUACCCUGAUAUAAUGAAGUACUUACUCCGGAAUGGGAUAACUGAAAUCUCGCGGGAUAAUUUUAGCUUCAGUACAAAAAUUAAAGUUGGUGACUUCUAUGAAGCCAGAGAAGGACAAGAGGGUCUGCAGUGGUUCUUGCUGGCAGAGGAGGAGGUCGCUCCCAGUAUCAUAGCGAUGGACGGGAGGCGCAGCCGCUGCCCUCAGUCUGAGCGACGGUCGCUAGGUGACGGCCCCGCAGCCAGGCAGUGGAAACCCUACCCUCUGAAUGUUGGGGAAAAUAACUUCCAAGAUGUCAGUGAUACAAAGCUGCUGCGUAAACUGGAGGCUCAAGAAAUAGCUCGACAGGCAGCUCAGAUUAAAAUGAUGAGGAAACUUGAGAAGCAGGCCAUGGCACAAGCAGUCAAAGAGGCGAGGAGGCAACAAGCAAUAAUGGCUGCCGAGGAGAGGAGGAAGAAGAGGGAGCAGAUGAAGUUGGUAAAACAGCAAGAGAAGAUCAAGCGCAUUCAGCAAAUUCGUAUGGAGAAAGAAGUCCGUGCACAGCAAAUUGUCGAGGCAAAAAGAAAGAGGAAAGAACAAGCAGUCAAUGCCAAAAUGAUGGAGGCUGAGAGGCGAACCAAGGAUAAGGAGAUACGAAGAAUGCAAGCUGUCUUUCUAAAGCACCAGGAGUUGGAGAGACAUAGACUAGAUAUGGAGAGGGAAAGACGCAGGCAGCACAUGAUGCUCAUGAAGGCUGUGGACGCCCGUAAGAAGGCAGAGGAGAAAGAGCGUCUGAAGAAAGAGAAGAAGGAUGAGAAAUUGUUGAACAAGGAGAGAAAACGAAGGCUCAGGAGACUUGAAGUGGAAAAAGCAAAGGAGCUGAAGAAACCAAAUGAAGACAUGUGUCUAGCAGAUCAUGAGCCACUUCCAGAGUUGUCCCGGAUCCCUGGUCUAGUUUUAACAGGAAGUACCUUCUCUGACUGUCUGGUGGUGCUGCAGUUUCUGUGCAGCUUUGGGAAGGUGCUGAGGUUGGACCUAAACCCAAACAUGCUCAACCUCAAUGACCUCCAGAAGGGGCUGCUCAACACUGGGGACAGUUUGGGUAAAGUGCAGGACCUGCUGGUGAGCAUGCUGUCCGCAGCUGUGUCUGAUCCCGGCAUACCUGCAGGGCACAAGAAUAAGACCGCCUUGGGGGAGAACCUGACUAAUGUGGGGAUCAACAGAGACAACGUGUCUGAGAUCCUGCACAUCUACAUGGAGGCUCACUGUGAGCAGACACAGCUGGCUGCUCUGGCCCUCAGCCUCAGGACCAAAGCCUUCCAGGCCCACAGCCCCUCACAGAAGGCCUCCAUGCUGGCGUUCCUGGUCAAUGAGCUCUGCUGCAGUAAGGCUGUGAUCAGUGAGAUCGACAAAAACAUUGAUCACAUGACCAACCUGAGGAAGGACAAGUGGGCUGUCGAGGGAAAACUUCGCAAACUGAGGAGCAUCCACGCCAAGAAGAGCGGGAAGAAAGACAGUGUGGGAGGAGAGGACAGCCACACCUCUGUCACCCCCACUGCCAGAAACAAAUGCAAGAGGAAAGAAGGGGACAGCGAGGAGGAAGAGGACGAGGAUGACGACAGCGAGGACCAAGGAGACGACGAUGACGAUGAUGAAGAAGAAUCGGGUGGGAAGAAGGGGAAGAAAUCUGAAAUAUGUGAAGAGGAGGAUGACAGCGUACAAUCAGCCAGCACGGAGGAGCUGGAGAAGCAGAUAGAGAAAACACACAAACAACAAAGUCAGAUCAGACAGAAGCUAUUUGACUCCUCCCACUUACUGCGCUCCAUGACGAUUGGUCAGGACCGCUACAAGAGGCGUUACUGGGUCCUUCCGCAGUGCAGUGGCCUCUUUGUGGAAGGCAUGGAGAGCGGUGACGGUUCUGAAGAGGAAGAGCAAGAGGAGAAACAAGUGAGAACUGCUCAGACAGUCAGGGUAAAAGAAGAGGAGCAGGAAGAGACAAAGAGCCCAGCACAGAGCAGAGAGUGUGAAACCCCCACAAAGGAGAGCCAGCAGGACAGUCUCAAUCUCUUCCUCCAGAGACCCGGCUCCUUCUCUAAACUCAGCAAAUUCCUGGAAGUCGCCAAAAUGGCUCAAGACUCGGACAUCAAUUCUCACAAUGGUCAUUGUUCUAAAAUCCCUCCAGCUGCAUCUUGUCCCUCAUAUCCCACUUUUCAGCAGGGACUGAUAGAUAAAAGCGAUACUUCAGUGCCACCUCUGCUCAUAAACAGUCCCUGGAUGACCUGCAGCCCUCAGUCUAUGCUUCAUGAGGACCAGCUCUCCAAGAUGCUGAUGGAGCAGCGCAACCAGUGGUUCAGCCUUUUGCCUCGCUCCUCCUGCGACGAGUCCUCCUCCUCCACCCCCGGCUCCAGCCCAUCAGCCUCCGCCUCUCCACUGCAGACCGCCAGCACUAAAUCCCCCCCCUCCCUCUCCCCUAAUCCCCUAGCUGCAGCCAGUUUCAGUGCUUCUGCUGGGAUUAAUAACAUGCAGCUGUCUGUCCUUCAGUCUGGCCUUCAUCAAAGCAGACAGUGCAACGUGUCCACAGCAGCGAGUCCCAUCCUGCCCUCCUCGGGGUCUUCUCUACCCCUCCUGCUGGAUCUGUCCUCCCAGCAUGCCGAGGGUAAUGGCAACAGGGUCUUCUCCCUGGCAAACACCAGCUCUGUCAACAAGAGCGAGACCCCAGAGCCCCUGAGUGACAGGCCCGAGUGUGCCUCGUCCCCUGCUGAGGAAGUGGCCAAGACCCAGGACUACCCUCGUCCUCAGCCAGUCCCCGAGGAGAUGCUGUGUGGCUGGUGGAGGGUGGCAGACAUGGAGGAACUGCAAAGUCUGGUCAAGGCCCUCCAUAGCCGAGGAAUCAGAGAGAAGGCCCUGCAAAAACAGAUCCAAAAACAUAUCGAGUACAGGACCCAGCUCUGUGCCAACAGCAAAGAUGCGAUAGAUGUGUCAGAGCUGGAGGAGCAGGAGGUGAGCGAGGAGGCGGUGGAGAGUUGGUGUGUGGAGGAGCAGGCCAUGGAGGAGGACAUCAGCCUACUGCAGCAGGUGGAGGGUCUGGAGAGGAGGGUGGUCUCUGCCAGCCUGCAGGUUAAGGGUUGGAUGCAUCCUGAGCGGCAGUCAGACUGGGAGGAUCUGGUCUAUCAUGAGCACAAGCUCUUAUCUUCCCCGGCUGCAGAAAGGAAAGGACAGAGAGAAAGCAGCCAGGAGGAACUUCCUGGCAGUGUGGUGCGACAGCCCGACAAUCCUCUUGAUAUAGCUGUCAUCAGGCUGGCAGAGCUGGAGAGGAACAUCGAGCGAAGAGAGGAGGAGGUUGCCCCGGGGAUGAGGUUGUGGCGUAAAGCCCUCGGUGAAGUCCGCAGCUCGGCUCAGCUGUCGCUCUGCGUCCAGCAGCUGCAGAAAUCCAUUUCCUGGGAACGAUCCAUCAUGAAAGUGCACUGCCAGCUCUGUCAUAAGGGGGAUAAUGAAGAGCUGCUGUUACUCUGUGAUGGCUGUGACAAAGGCUGCCACACUUAUUGCCAGAAACCCAAGAUCACCACGGUACCGGACGGUGACUGGUUCUGUCCCACAUGUGUAGAGAAGGAGAGCGGUCUAUCCCCCCGAGGUAGGAGGCAGCAGAGCCGAACAGCUGGAGGAGGGAAGAAGGGCAGUGAGGUAAAACGAAACGGUAAACCAUCUGUGGUGGGAGAGCUCAUCAAAGAGGAGGCUGCCGGCAGCAACAGCGUGCCAAAGAAAGGUACCAAGGAGUUCAAAAAGAGGAGAGGAGACGACAGCCCCCCCGGAUCCCAGGCCAGACAUGACAGUCCUGUCCCCUGUGUGAAGAAAGCCAAAACGGCCAAAGACAGCAACACAAAUGGACUGACGAAGUGCCGAGUGCUGCUGGCGGAGCUGGAGGCUCAUCAGGACGCCUGGCCCUUCCUCACGCCUGUCAACCAGAAAGCCGUCCCUGGAUACAGGAAGGUCAUCAAAAAGCCCAUGGACCUCUCCACCAUCAGAGAAAAGCUCACCAACAACCAGUACUUGAAUCUGGAAACUUUCAUCGCUGAUGUGAACCUGAUUUUUGAUAACUGUGAAAAAUUCAAUGAAGAUGAUUCAGAAAUUGGACGAGCUGGCCACAGCAUGAGGAGGUUUUUUGACAAACGAUGGACUGAACUGCUGGAUUGAAAAUGUUUCAGUGUUGACUUUCUACGCUCCUCUACAUAUUAAACUUCAUCUUUGGUGUGGGAGGACUUUUUCUUCACCUGAGACACUAAGUCCAUAAACGGGUUUAAAUGACACUGAUUUGCAAUGUGAAAGGACACAUUCUCCAGAAGGGAAAACAACUUCAAGCAUUAAUAUCUGAAAGUGCAAUACUGUUUUCUUCAUCAAAAUGCACUGACUCUUGUACUCAAUAUUGUCAUUGGGAAUUAAAGAUGGCCAUAGUAGAUAGGCCUUCGGCUUUUUUUUAACAUCAUUACUUUAGUUUAUUGUAUAUGCGUGUAUUUAUUUUUUGAAGUAUUUAUGUUACCGUCAGUCUCAUCUAAGAAAAAAACAGGAAAUGGCACACAGCUUUAAAAAAAAAAUCUAAAGAUUGUUUUAGGGACGAUUGAACAAGCCAAUCAAAAAAAUGUUUACAGCUUUUGACUUUAGGUUGCCAGCAGUUCUACUGUUAUUUGUGUAAUAUACAAGGAGGUAUCACUGUCACUAUUUACAGGACUUAUUUCUUAGAUAGUGUGUAAAUACAGUACAGUCUUGUUAAAAUAUUGUCAAUGCAUAAGGAUGAUUGUAGCACUUCAUGUGUCUCAUACUGUACUCUGCCUGUGCUGAAUACCCACUCACAACACUGCUCUCCUCAGUAUUGUAGUGCCUGACCUCUGACCUCUAAACAGUGUAUGGAGUGGUGCGUUGUUUUUCUAUGUGUACUGUACGUGUGUCCUGCACAGUAUACUGUAUAGAGCCCUUACCCAAAAUGUAAAACACUUCUGAACUUCUCUUCUAAAAAGAAUUGAUGUGGUGCAUAUAAUGUGUUUCAUCUCCAAGCAUUCCCCUCAGCCGGAGUCUUGUCAGACAUCCUGAGGGCAGACAUGAAACCUGCGCUGGGCUUUAAUCCAGCUGGGAGUCGGACAGAGUCACGGUCCAUCAGAGACGUCUCCAGACAGCUGAAGUCAGGAGACUUGAAGAAGUAACUGUAUUUUAUUAUGAAUAUUGUGAAAUGAGUAGCAACUUUUGUGGGAGUAUUAUUUUUCAAUAGUGGAUGUGUGGCACAGAAAAAAUAAACCUGUUUUUCAAAAACAAG